GUUGCCCGGGUGAUGCUGGGGCCGCGGCCGCACAGCCGAGUUUGGACCGCGCGCGCUCGCGGGCGGGACUCUGGGCUGCAGCCCCGGCUGGGAACUUGAGCGGAAGGGCGCGCCGGCCAGCCGGGGCUGGUGGGAGGUUACCCGAGAGCCCCCCCCAGCACCCCGUCUUUCUCACUCACGCACCCCGGCCUCACGCGUUUUAGGCGUCCCCACCCCCCUGCAGACGAGACAGAAAAUACAUUGGCAAGUCUUAGAAGGAUUCUUCCAUUAUUAAUGGGCAACAUUUUGCCUGAAAAUUACUGAAGGCUUUUUCUCCUUAUCUCAGAAGCCUUCUGUGGAGAAUUAAUAGGAGGCUGAAUGUGCACAUGGAUAAAAUGGAUCAUCUUAAAGGAUUGAAGUUCCAAAAAUAUAUCAGCAGGACUGGACAGGUCUGCCAUAAUGAGAUUUCUAUUUUAGCCUGACUCCUCGAACUUGGAAUAAACUAUAAAACGGAGUUACACAAGGUCCUGGGAAGGAAGUUUCUCCUCUAAAAUAUUCCAGUCAUGUCUAACGUUUUUUUUCCCUUCAGAUCUUCUGAAAAUUAUAUUUAGUCCUUGAGUUCAGAGGAAUAAGAUGAUUAGACACGUUUAAUAUGUGGUGUGGACUAGAAGGCAGCAAGCUGCACCAUCCCAGAAAAUAAAUGUAAUUAAAGGCGCAGACGUGUGGAAGAGGAGAGAACGGACCCGAGAGCUGGUGGAGAUGGCAGAAGCCUCUGUGGAUGCCUCGUCCCUCCCCGGAACAGUGAAGAAAAAGAAGAGUCUGUCGAUUGAGGAAAAGAUUGACAUUAUCAAUGCUGUAGAGAGUGGGAAGAAAAAAGCGGAGAUUGCAGCUGAAUAUGGAAUAAAGAAAAAUUCACUGUCUUCGAUUAUGAAGAAUAAAGACAAAGUCCUAGAAGCCUUUGAAUCUCUGAAAUUUGAUCCAAAGAGAAAAAGACUGAGAACUGCUUUUUACACAGACCUGGAAGAGGCAUUAAUGAGAUGGUAUCGAAUCGCUCAGUGCCUAAAUGUACCAGUAAAUGGCCCAAUGUUGCGUCUAAAGGCUAAUGAUUUUGCCCAGAAACUUGGACACAAUGAUUUUAAGUGCAGUAACGGCUGGCUGGAUCGCUUUAAAUCCAGGUACGGUUUAGUAUUCAGAGCUCAACCUGUAGAAGCCACUGGGGUAUCAGUAGAUCCUUCAAGUGUCUGGCACCAAAAUAUCCUUCCUUACUAUUUAAAUGAUUAUCAUCCUAAAAAUGUCUUUAAUAUAAAAGAGACAGGACUGCUGUAUCGAAUGUUGCCUACAAAUACUUUUGCAUUUAAAGGAGAAACCUGCUCCAUUGGGAAGUUGUGCAAAGACAGGCUAACUCUGGUGGUUGGGACAAACAUGGACGGCUCAGAGAAACUUCCUUUGCUUGUCAUUGGGAAAAACAGAAACCCACCCUGUUUCAAAGGCAUCAGGUCCUUGCCGGUGUGUUACGAAGCUAACACCAUGGCGUGGAUGACCUCCGAGGUUUUUGAACAAUGGAUGCAGCAGCUUGAUCAGAAGUUUCAAGCCCAGCACCGGAGAGUGGUGAUUUUUGUCGAUUCUUUUCCCGCACACCCGGAGGUCAAGAACCUAAAGGCCAUCGAGUUAGCAUUCUUCCCCUCGUGCUUACCGUCCAAAUUUAUUGCCAUGAAGCAAGGCGUGAUCCAAAGCCUUAAGAUCAAAUACCGGCACUGUCUCAUCAAGAAAUUUUUGAGCUCUGUGGAAGGCAGCAGAGAAUUUACCUUUUCUCUUUUGGAUGCAGUCGACACCUUGCAUCUGUGCUGGCGGGCUGUGACCCCAGACACUAUCGUUAAGAGCUACGAAGAGGCGGGCUUCAAACCUCCCAAGGGAGCAGAAAGUGAAAAGGGCAGCGGGGAGACGGACAGGGGCCUCGAUCUGGUGGCGGACGCCCAGGCGGCAGGAGUGGAAUUUCCAGAAGGGCUGUCGCUGGAGGAGUACGCGGCCCUGGACGAUGACCUGGAGACCUGUGAAGGGGCACUCAGCAGUGACUCGUUGUGGCCCAGCGAGAGCCAGGCAGAUGAAGUUAGAUUUUAUGCUUCCGAUGAAGAUGAGGAUGGGUGUGCCCUGGGAACCGAGCUCCCCUUACCCUCAAAACCAGAAGCAGUAACUGCUCUCCGUACGCUGAAAACUUUUCUUAGAAGUCAACACAUGGAUGAAGGGCUUCAUAAUGCUUUAGCAGACCUUGAAAUUUUUAUUAACUCUUUACCAUCCAAAUAAUCGUACACUCUCAGAAGAGUGAUGGCUUUGCCUGCUGUUGUAUUUUACUAUAUAUAGGUGUGUAAGGGGGAAAAUACAACUUAAAUGUAAAUGAAAACCUAAAUUUUUGGUGUGCAGUUCCAAUGGCUUUCAUCUAGGUAACAAAGCUUCCUAGGUGGAUUAAAUGAUCUUUAAGUUCCUGAAAAUUAUGAAUUUUAAUUUACCAAGGUUUCAGAGCAUGAAAAGAGUGAUAUUGCAGAAGCCUGUACUUGAAGCACAUAUAUGUCAAAAUAAAAGGGACUCUCCAGUUGUCUUGAUUUGUAUAGAUUUUGAAUUGGUAAGUGCUUUACAUUUUUUAAGUUCAGAUCAAGAUCGAGUAUUUUAAUUUAUCUACCUCAUCUGAAAACAAAGUAUUUAUUGCUUAGAUAUUUAUUUUUAUAAAAAUAUAUUCUAACUAGAAUCUGAGUAUUUUAAGUUAACUUUUUAACCAGCUGAACUCCCUAAUAAGAAAUUAUGAAAAUUACCGAAAAUAAAGUCUGAUCCAAUUGUACAACAAAAUGAUUACAAAUAUUGCUUACUUCUUUCAGGCUAUCUCCACAAAAGAUGAAAUGAAAGAGCAUGACAUUAUCAGGUUAUCUUGUCAUGUAUAAUGAUCUGAUCCAAAUUCUCCCUAAAUAUUUAUAGGUACAUAUAUAUGUUCAAUAGAAAAAUGUAGAAUUGAAACAUUUAUUAAGCUCUUAUAUCUGUGUUUUAAUAACAUCACUCUCAAAAAAAGUAAACCUUAAGAUACAUAUGCAGUUACUAAAAAUAUUUUAUGUUCUUACAUAGUUUUCUAAUUUUAACAGCUAAAGCCUUUAUAUUCUUGGUUUUGAAUUUUAUUUUUAGGAAUAACUGAAUGUUCUUUUAGUAUACCUUAUGUAUUAGAUACCCAUCACUGAAAUUCAGUGAAUAAUAUUUUGGGUUAAAUUUCUAUUUGAGGAAAUUUUGUCUACAGAAUAUUCAUAAUAUUGUGUAAAUUUUUUACUCUAUCAUAAAAAGUCUUUAAACAGUGGAAAAAUAAGCAAUGUGUCAGAUUUUUCUGUUGUUGAAUUUUAAGUACUAUGCUUAUUUAACUUGUUAUAAUUAUUAUGGGGUCUCUUUUGAAAAGGAUUUUGAAAAAAGCAUAAAACAUACAGAUAUUUCUAUUAAUUAUUAGUCUAUCAAGAAAAAGAUGUUUGGAAGGAAAUAUUUAAAGAAGGUGUUUUCAUUUCCCACUGUUGAUUAUUUUGCUUUUGAGAUUCAGUAGUAGUAAGCCUUAAGCAUGUAUUAAAGUGAAGAAUGUUCAUUUAGAGGAAAAUAUAUUAUUUAAAUUUAAUUAAAAUUAUUUUAUGAAUAA